GAAUGAGGGGAGGAGCAGGAGGCGGGAGGAGGCGCGCUUCCUGGUCCACCCUGUCCGCCGCGCCGCUUCCCGAGGCCACUCAUCGGAUCACCUCCGCCGGGGGCGCCCGCCAGCACGGGCGUGAUUCUGCAUUUUUUCCUGACAGGCUAGGUGUGGAGCCGCCCUCCGCAGCCCACCCCGGCCCAGGUGAUGCUCGGACUGAGGAGUCGGGGGCGCGCCGGCCAGGGCGGGCGGCGGGCUUGGGGACUGCCACAGCCCUAAUAGAGCGGGGCUUUUCCGCUCACGCACGGCCGCGUCGAAACCGCGGCAUCCAAAUGUCUUCAGCAUUAAGAUGCCAGGCCUCGGGUGUGAGAGGAAACCGAGAUGCAGGAGAGGUCGAGAAGAAAGGAGGCCGGGAGACCCUGGGGCCUGGGAAGUGAGGGAAGGGGUACCGGGAAAACCGCGGCUGGCAGUGCAAACCCUAGCGCGAUGUGUGGAGUGGAGAGCGCUCUUGGGAGCCGGCAGGAGCCUCUGAGGACGCGGGGGCCAAGGGCCCCAUCCCUUGCCCUCCCUUCUUCCCUCCCUUUCUCACUCCCCACCCUACCCCCACCUAGGAUGUGGCUGGGCCGCCGGGCCCUGUGCGCUCUUGUCCUUCUGCUCGCCUGCGCCUCGCUGGGGCUCCUGUACGCGAGCACCCGGGACGCGCCCGGCCUCCGCGCACCUCUUGCGCCUUGGGCGCCCCCGCAAAGCCCCCGCAGGCCCGAGCUGCCAGAUCUUGCUCCUGAGCCCCGCUACGCACACAUCCCGGUCAGGAUCAAGGAGCAAGUAGUGGGGCUGCUGGCUUGGAACAACUGCAGUUGUGAGUCCAGUGGGGGGGGCCUCCCCCUCCCCUUCCAGAAACAAGUCCGAGCUAUUGACCUCACCAAGGCCUUUGACCCUGCAGAGCUGAAGGCUGCCUCUGCCACAAGAGAGCAGGAGUUCCAGGCCUUUCUGUCGAGGAGCCAGUCCCCAGCUGACCAGCUGCUCAUAGCCCCUGCCAACUCCCCGCUCCAGUACCCCCUACAGGGUGUGGAAGUUCAGCCCCUCAGGAGCAUCUUGGUGCCAGGGCUGAGCCUUCAGGCAGCUUCUGGUCAGGAGGUAUACCAGGUGAACCUGACUGCCUCCCUAGGCACCUGGGAUGUGGCAGGGAAAGUGACUGGAGUGACUCUCACUGGAGAGGGGCAGGCAGAUCUCUCCCUUGUCAGCCCAGGGCUGGACCAACUCAACAGGCAACUACAACUGGUCACUUACAGCAGCCGAAGCUACCAGACCAACACAGCAGACACAGUCCGGUUCUCCACCGAGGGACAUGAGGCUGCUUUCACUAUCCGCAUAAGACACCCGACCAACCCUCGGCUGUACCCACCUGGGUCUCUACCCCAGGGAGACCAGUACAACAUCAGCGCUCUAGUCACGAUUGCCACCAAGACUUUCCUCCGUUAUGAUCGGCUACGGGCUCUCAUCACCAGUAUCCGCCGCUUCUACCCAACGGUUACUGUGGUCAUCGCUGAUGACAGCGACAAGCCAGAGCGCCUCAGUGGCCCCUACCUGGAACACUAUCUCAUGCCCUUCGGCAAGGGCUGGUUCGCAGGCCGGAACCUGGCUGUGUCCCAAGUAACCACCAAGUACGUGCUAUGGGUGGACGACGACUUCGUCUUCACGGCGCGGACGCGGCUGGAGAGGCUUGUGGACGUGCUGGAGCGGACGCCGCUGGACCUGGCCCGCCUGGAGCCAGCCUCCCUCUCCCUGCAGGUGGGGGGCGCGGUGCGCGAGAUCUCCGGCUUUGCCACCACUUACCGGCAGCUGCUGAGCGUGGAGCCCGGCGCCCCAGGCCUCGGGAACUGCCUCCGGCAAAGGCGCGGCUUCCACCACGAGCUCGUCGGCUUCCCAGGCUGCGUGGUCACCGACGGCGUGGUUAACUUCUUCCUGGCGCGGACUGACAAGGUGCGCGAGGUCGGUUUCGACCCCCGCCUCAGCCGCGUGGCUCAUCUGGAAUUCUUCUUGGAUGGGCUUGGUUCCCUUCGGGUUGGCUCCUGCUCCGACGUCGUGGUGGAUCAUGCAUCAAAACUGAAGCUGCCUUGGACAUCAAGGGAUGCCGGGGCAGAGACUUACGCCCGGUACCGUUACCCAGGAUCACUGGACGAGAGCCAGAUGGCCAAACACCGGCUGCUCUUCUUCAAACACCGGCUGCAGUGCAUGACCUCCCAGUGAUGGCCCACUGGGGAUUUCUGACUGUCAGGCUGGGCAUGCCUCCUUGUCCCUGCCAGGAAUUUCCAACAAACCCCACCACCCUGUGAGCACUCUACUGGCUGUCCCUGAGCCUCUAGUUCCUCACUCUUCCUUUUCAGAACCUGAUGCCCAAUAGGGGUUGUCCUGGUGACACCCCUCCUUUUUCCAGUGCCCAGAGGCCUGGUGGAACCGUAACCUCUCCCACAGCCAGUGCCAAGUCCUCCCCCUGCCCAUUCUCAUGGGGCAGGAAAUGGGGGGAUCACUUUCCAAGUGCCAAAGAGCCCAGAGGGACUCUAAGAACCUAAGGUGGAAACACUGUCCUCUCAUCUUGGGACUGAGGGGGUGGGGAAGUUCCCCAACACAUAAUCCCAAGACUGUGCCCCUCAUCCGAAUCUUCAGAUCCAGUACUCUGUGUACCUGCUCCAGCCCCACCCCCACAGAGAGAACUUGUGGCUCUGGGGCUGGGGUGAGGGCUGGUGGUUGGUGAAAGCCAUUCUUAGUUGUGUCUCUGCAAUGCUGUGGGCACAAAAGAAGGGGCACCAGAGUCCCUGUGCAAACACCUAGACUCACUUCAUGGAUUCCAAAGCUCUCAGCUUCAUUCUAUUAGUUACGUUAGGUAAGGGGGUUCAAGGGUCAUGGUCCGCAUCACACACAUCAUCGGGGCCCUCUGCACUCCACAUGAUGAGGUCAGACCCACACUAUGCAAAUCUUUGGGUCAGUGAGCUCCUGGGGAAGAGAGGAGACGUGUCAGGAAUAGAUUAGGCACCCCUCUUCCUUGAUGAAAUGUGGCAGUCCUCUCAGGGGUACCCCACCCACUUAGGGAUCUGAGUUCUUCAGUUCCUCACCCAUAGCUCAGCCCAGGCUCCCUGAGUUGGUCUUCAAUCUACUAUUCAUUCCGUCCCCACCCUUUCCUUCUUGAUCUUCCUCCACAGACCCUUUCCCAAACCCCUCUCCCUGGGUCUCCAGCCACUUACCCCUGCCUCACUUGCCACAGCCCAGUGCCUCCUGGCUCCCACUCCUGGUGCUACUGCCGCUUACCAGGCUCCCCAGGGCAUAAGCAGCUGCAUCCUGCACACUCACAAACAGCUGAUCUGGGGUCACCCUGUCCAGGAGUCCUGCCCGGGUCAGUGUCCCAAGCACGGAGGCUAUGUGGGGAGGGUGUCAGGCUCUGAGACCCUAAGUCCACACCGGGUCCUUUUCCCUCCCACAGGUGUCCAGUCAUUGCCCAGGCACUGGGCCCUGCUCUUCUCCACACAUCUCACCAUUACACUGAGCCAGGAGGAGGCGGAUCCUAGCAUCUCGACAUCGGCUGGCCAGCUGCAGGGAUGGGGCAAAGGGGUUAAGUCCCAGAUUAGAGGGUAUGAGUGAGAUGCUAAGGGGUUUCUCCUCAACCUACCCUCUCCCUCACCUCCACCACUUCUCUGGCCCCAGCAGCAUCUGCAAAGGUGACACCACUGAAGUCUAGGACCACCACCCUGACAGGCUCAGCAACUAGAAUGGGAGAAGACAGGAGUACCCAGGUGCCACCAUGCAACAUGCCCAAAUCUUCCUUCUUGUCACCCCAUCACACCUGCAACUGUUGGGCCAUCUGGCUUUGAAGUCUCCUAUGAGUAAAGAAGGGCAGUGGCCACUCCUGAGACACAGCAUGAACAUGCACCCCUUGAGCACAAGGAUCCCCUUCAGAACACCCACCUGCCUCCCACUCCCCGAGGAUCCACAUUCCUCCUAAACCAAGCUCCUUCACCUUUUCUCCUUCUCCGAGCCCCAGGUGCCACUCCAGGUUGCAGCGAAACUGCCCACGGGUCCCAAAGUACAGUGGUGUUGGAUAGCUCAGGAUGCAGAGCCCCGCGACCUGCAGGAGCUAAGAGGUCAAAGGAUCAGAGAAACAUCUGUGGCUACUCUUCCCUUCCUUCUUUGGCUGCAGCCCACCCACCUUGUGGCUUCCUCUGAGUGGUCUGUAGAGCUCUGUCCCCUCAGCCUGUCCAAGUGCCAGGCACUGCACCCUAGGGAAGAAGGUGGGGCCAGAUUUCCACCUUAGCCUGUCCUGGCUGGAGAGUCACCCCAAGCACCUCAUUCUCUUCCCCUGCCCCGACCUCAACUCCCCUCAUCUCUAUGCCCACCUCCGGGUGCAGCAGACCACAGUCAUCAUGGAGAAGAUCACACCCACAGCCAGGCCCAAAUCCACACUCAGGGUCACUACAACCACCCAGGUGACCAUCCACACAGCCUGCAGGACAGGGAUAGGGGUGGAUUGCCCAAAAGAAAAGCCAGGCCAUCACUGCUGGGGAAAGAGAUCCAGGGCAGUGACUACCAAGGCGAGUGAUGGGGAGAGAUGACCCACAAAGAAGUAGAAAGCAUGACAGAGGGAAAGAACAGGGUUGAUUCAAUGGGACACACACCAAAUGUAAUGACCUGCACCAGUUGGGAAGUGACAAAUAUUCAGGUCAAAGGGGUUCAAACCCCAUCUUUUCCCUUGCCUAUGAGUAAAGCGUAUUAGGAGUUAUGUUUGUUGGGGGAGUGGGUGGGUUGCAGAACUUAGGACCAGAACAAUUAGGUUUGGUACAGGGCAGAGGCUGGGGAUGCUUACAAGAUGAGAGGGGGCAAUCUGGGGGUAACGGCAUUUCUCACAAAGUCCACUUGGCUGAUGUGCCAUAGUUGUGGAAGUUCCUGCAUCUGGCAGAACAUCUGGCGCAUGCUGGAGAUGUUGAUGCAAGCCAGGACAGCCUUGAGGCAGAGGGUGUGGGCUGACUACCUCAAUGUCCUGGAAUACAGCCACCCCUCCCCAGCCAUGCUUAUGCCUCCUCUGCUCCUUACCUUGGGCAGAUAGUAAAAGAAGGGCCCCAGCCACAGCAGCAGGGACAAGACCACUAUGCAGGAGAAGAGGCCUGCCAGCUAGAGGGAAGGAGGAACAGGAGCAAAAAAGGAAGGGAGCCUCCCACCCCCACAUGAGAGCUGGUCUCCCUGCUCACUCUGCCUAAUCUUCCUUGGAAAUCUCCCUUCUCCCAAAUCUCCUUCCACACAACCCCCUUCUUAAAAUUCUGCCAUUCACAUCUAACCCUCCCCCUUCCCCAAUUAAUUAAAUGCCCAUUAUUCACCAGUCUCCCUGUAGAUGUCUGUUGUUCAAGCUCCCCAGUUUUGCAGCCCACCUCCACCUUAAAAGCCACUGUUGGGUUACCCUAUAAGCAAGCUAUACGUGCUUAGGGCACCAGCAAAGUAAGAGAAACCAAAAAUAUUAGGGGGAGGCUUUGAUAUGUGAUAUUCCUUUCAAAAGACAAUGUCAUUGUGUGAAAAAAAUAAGAAUUUUAUCUCUUAAGUUUA